CUUCGGUUGCUUACGUGGCUUAAGUUCUGUAGAAGAGUGAAAAACUUCGUGAAAAUAGGGUUUUAAAGAAGAAAAGAAGCGCUAUCAUUACGAGGUAGAAGGAGCCGUCUUCGGCUUACUUCUUUAAACUCCUUUCCCCCAUCUCUUCCAUCCAUGAGAGCUUGAAAAGGGUUAACAUUUCCGCCAUAACGGGGUAUCGAGGACGACGCGGCUGCCUUUCCCCUUCUUCUUCUUUGCGUGGAAUUAUCAAUUUUUGUUAAGGAAAACAAAUCAGAAAGCGGAAGGGCGGGGAGUUAUUAGGGAUCAGGUAUCGAACUGUUAAUUUUUUAACAGAUGAUGUUCGAUAGUGCAGAGAAUAUGCUUUUUUUGCAUAAUAAAUAGUAAACUUUUGAAGUAUUUGGAACUUGAAAUUUGGAGAUUUCUCGAAAGAUUGAUGGGGGGGAAGUCAAAUGUUUCUUCAUUUGGGGGGUCUAAUUUGGCUAGGCACUUGAAUACACACAACAAGCAUCAUGAUGGUGUUGAAGCUCCUCGAAAUAGCUUGGACUUACCCGUGGAAAUGGCUAAUAAGCAUCAUGGCAUUAAUGAGAAUUUAACGGUAAAGAUACCAACAAAUACUCCUAUGAAGUUACUACUCAAUGAGGAGAUUGCUAAUACGGAAUUUACAAAGCGUGGCGGACCUGGUGUUGUCGCUCGCUUAAUGGGCAUGGAUACUCUGCCUCCUGAAAAAGGGCAUAAAAUCCAAGGGAAGGAAUGUUUCGAUGCAAACCCGAGAAAACACAUUUCAAGGGUGCCACGCUUUGUGACUGCUAAAUCCGAGCCGUCUACUUUCACUCAAUCAAAAGAGCAUUUGUCUCAAAACUUGAAUAAGAAACAAUAUUCCAGCUCAUCGACCAAAAUUUUAAGCUCAGAAAAACUGCACCGAAGAGAGCAUCCGCAAGAAGAACUACUCCAAAAAUUUAAAAAAGAAUUCGAGUCAUGGCAAGCGUCCAAAUCGUGGGAGUGUUCGACCAACCCCGAUCAAAAUGACUUCGUUCAAGGAUCAAAAAAUGAGCAAAAUCACCUCAACAUAGAGAAAUUGACAAGGUAUACCAAUACAAGUAGGUACUCGCAAAAGAAACCUAUAGAAACAGAUGUGUAUUCUUCAGUUAAUAAAGUUAAAAUUACUCCAAAUCAGGUUGAUAAUAAUCUUUGUCAUGAUCCCGAUUUUAAUAUUGAUAAGCAAUGUGUGCCCCUAAUGAGAGAUGACAUUGCCACGAGGAAGAAACUAGCUCCUAAGUUUCAGGAGAAAAGGAGUAGAUCUUGUUCACCCACAAGGAUAGUGAUUCUGAAACCAAGUUCUGACAUUAAUGAAAUAGAGGAGCAAAGGGGUGGCUCUUCUGAGGCACUGGAAAAAGGUGGUAGAAUGGAGAAUUUUCUCGAAGAGGUGAAGGAAAGACUCAGAUUAGAAAUGGAAGGGAAGGGUAGAACUGAGUCUGUGAGAAGGGGUAACUCAGCUCAUACUUCGCUACACGAAAGGUCCACUGAUCCAAAACAGUUGGCACGGGAUAUAGCGAAGCAUGUCAGAGAAAGCGUUACAAAGGAAUCCGCGAGAUCAUACCGGAGCGAUUUUCGCCUAAAUGAACAGGAAUCUGAAGAUUCCAUUAAGAAAGAUACAAGAAAAUUCAUAUCUAAGCGGCUGAAAAAUGUGUUAAAAGAUGAUACUGAUGACGCUAGGGCGGGAAAUUCUCUUAUGAUCAGUGAGAAGGAGAGAUCGAAAUCAAUGGCUGAGUUUUCGAAGGAGGGGAAAGCUGCGAGCUUUUGGGAGGAGAAGAAAGCUGUGAAUGAGUCGAUUCCGAAGUACUUAAGGAGAGAGCAGAAUAAGAUGAUUGAUUUUGAUGGUGAUGCAGUGUCUCCUUCAAAUCUUAUUAGAUCAUUUUCAGCUCCAGCUUCAGGAACUGCUUUUGGUAAACUUCUGCUAGAAGAUCAAUUAAGUCAAAAACUUGAAACUACUGAACAUGAUUCAGCUGAAAUGAACAGAAACAAGAAGGAUGGUUUUAACUUUAGAGGCAGAGUUUCCAUUCUGAGAAGAAAUCUCAGUUUUAAAGGAAAGAUUUUUGGUAAGAAGAUGGCUUCGAUCGGGGAAGCGACUUCUGAACCAUUCGGUUAUAUGAAGUCCAUUGAGACGAUGCCCUCCAUGAUCAGAAAUUUUAGCAUGGUAGAGGAUAACUCUACGGAGGUCCCUCCAAGUCCUGUUUCAUUUUACAGCAGUCCAAUCAAUGAACACCGGAGUCCUUUAUCCACAUUAGAGGCUCCUUCUGUUGAAGACCGUUUGUCAACACAAGUUUCGGGUGAAUUAGGCAUGAGCCUUCUAGAAUCUGGAAUUCAUCCAGAGCAAAGUGAAACUAAACCCUUUGAAGAAGUGGCAGCUGAAGCUCAGCUAAAUGAAAUAAUGCAAAUUGAAAGCUAUGCAAAAUCUUAUAUAAGAGAUAUCCUUAUUGUUUCUGGACGUUACAAAUCCUGGCCUUUAGAUCAAACACUUUCCAGACUCGAUGGCUGUACCGAGUCAAUCUCUUCGUCUGUUUUCGAUGAAGUCGAAGAAAAAAACUGUAAAUUUGAGAUGGCUGAAGCGAACUGCUGCAAACUUGGUGAAAUCGAUAUGGAUAGAAAGCUGUUAUUCGACAUGGUGAACGAGGCUUUGCCCGCCGUAACAGGUUCUCCUAUGUCCCCUUUGACAUCGAAAAAAUGGAAGGAGAGCUUGACUCAGUUGCCUUGUGGAGUAAAAUUGCUUGAUGAUUUGUUUCAUCAGAUUAAAAUGUAUGCAAAUCCUAAGAUUGUUCAACACAAUUCAAUAGACAAGGUUGUGGCAUGGGAUGUGAAGUUAAGGCCUUGGUUUACUUCAUCUUAUGAGGAUAUUGGCUAUGUGGAGAAGGAAGUGGAGGGGUUGAUUAUUGGAGAUUUGAUUGAUGAGUUGGCAUUGGAUUUGAGUUGUUUCAGUGAUGUUUUUAUCAUGUAAAUUUUUGUUUCAUUUUAUGCCUUAUGAUGAGAAGAAUAAAAGAGUUCAGUAAUGUGCAAAUAUUUACAUGAUUUUUUUUGAAUUUGUUAUUGGUUUUGUUGAAGAAAAAAUAAUAAAAUGG